UGAGCGAUCACUUAAUGAUUGACAAAACACGGGGAGGGCGGGAGUAUUGUUGGCAAUCAAUGUCUCCGUCUCGCAACGCACACUACUGCAUAGCGGCCAGCCAGCACCAGACUUCAUCCAUCCAUCGCUCAUUCACAGCAAAUCUCGCGAGGCCUCGUACGUCUUGUUGGGAUCAUACUGAGCACAGAAACAGACACAACAGAGAGAGACGCACAUGCAAGAUGUGAUGUGCUCGCGUGUGAGUCCCCGAGUGCUACAUCUCUCGACUGACCACUUCCCAAGUAGAGGCCGGGUAGAUGUGUUUGUUCCUCUCGUACCAUUUCCGGUCCACUAUCUUGCCUGCGUGCGACUGCACACACGCAGCAUUCAGGAAACGAAGAGGCAGCGACACUCCACUCCCUGACUCAGGGACGUUUUGGUGUGUGUAUGCGCGUGUUGUGUGCUGCGGACCUCGUCUUUCUCGACCCGGACGUCAGCGUAUAUGCGGAUGUCGUCAGGCACGUCGAAGCGGAACAGGGGACCGGUCUUGCCACGCGCCUUGUUCUUGAUCAGAUCGUAAAAGGUCACCGUCUGCGCACACAAUAAGGCCACAAAGUACGCCAUCGACACCCGAUGUUGGCUACUCUCUUGGACUUGACAUGACUGGCUGACAUACGUACGUGUGGCAGUAUGAGGUCCUCCUUGAUGUACAUGAGGUUGUCAGUGCCCACUUGGCGCAGCUCGGGGAACUCCACCUCCAGGUUCUUUCGACACUGAUCCAGAAAACUCCCAAUCGUUGUCCCUGCAGACACGCAUGUAUCAAUCACCAACACCCACCCACCCACCAUGCACUUCUUUCUUUUCUCCCGUCUGUCUGUCUGUCUGUGUGUCUGUCCAUAGCAACGCACCUUUGGUUAUUCUGAUGAUCCUCCUGUGGCCCGAGCCGUCCCAAUACGAAUACGUCACCUCCAACACCUCCUCUGAACACACACACAGAACAGACAGAGGCGCCUCACCUUCAGCCACGUAUUUAUGAAUGCGCCUCACCCACCUUUGAUUCUCUCCUGCUCGCGUACGUACUCCUCAAUGAGCUGCUGGCGGUGCGCAGCCAAUGCGGCGUCGCGAUCAGGGUCCUGAACAGCCCAACACACGCAGGUAUCCACCCGAUGGGCUUUCUCUUUAGAGAUUGCGGCGUACCGGGAGCAUGUCGGUGUUGACGUGUGGGUCUUUUCCCAAGUGCUUCUUCCCCGCCGCCUUGCGGAUCUCCUGCUCUACCUCCUGGUCAGCUGCAGACAGACAGACAGAAUGUGCAGCAUGAGCGUGUCCGCAUCGAGCAUGUGCAUAGGGAAGUGGCUGACCUUGGUCGUCAGCGUCCUCUCCGAACGACAGUUUGCUGAGCUUCGUCUUGCCCUUGCGGCGGGCAGCGCGCUCCUUCUCCUUUUCCUCUCUGAAUGACAAAGGCGCACAGACAGUGUCGUGUGGACGGACGGACGAUGCAGCGCUGUCUUCAUUGAUUGUCGGUUCGCUCACUCUUUCUGCCGCUCGUGCUCUUCCAUGAGGUCAGUGAUCUUCUUGCGCUUCUCACGAAACUCCUCAGCCGACACCAAACCGAUGGUCUCUUGCUUGAACCUGUAGACACGCACACCACACCGACACACGUCAGCUCUGCCUCUCAAUCCACCUUUUGACGCUGACCGCACGAACUCACUUUUCCUCGAGCGCUUCAGCGUGUGAGCCUCCGAACUUGCUGUCGAUGGCGGAAAAGGUGCGUUUCUUGGUUUCGUUUUCAAUCUUCUCCUUGGCCUGUUCCAUCUCCCGCUGUAGCUUCUCGCGCUGCCUGAGGAGGAGGAACGCCCGUCCACCUUCGGACGAGUGGAUGGUCUGCAGCAUGCUAUUGGCGCUGUCAUAGCGAGGGUCAAAUGACGUCUUCAUUGCGAGGAAGUGGGAGAAGUUGGUU